UUUCUUUGUUUUAGGCUCCAUAAAAAUACAGACUCACCAGUUCCUGCUUUGAUGUGACAUGUGACUCCCCAGAAUACAUCUUGCUUCUGUAGACCAGCUCCAACAGGAUUCCAUGGUAGCUGGAAUGUUAGGGCUCAGGGAAGAAAAGUCAGAAGACCAGGAUCUCCAGGGCCUCAAGGACAAACCCCUGAAGUUUAAAAAGGUGAAGAAAGAUAAGAAAGAAGACAAAGAGGGCAAGCAUGAGCCCCUGCAGUCACCGGCCCACCACUCUGCUGAGCCAGCAGAGGCAGGCAAAGCGGAGACCUCAGAAGGGGCAGGCACGGCCCCAGCCGUCCCGGAAGCUUCUGCCUCCCCCAAACAGCGGCGCUCCAUCAUUCGUGACCGGGGACCCAUGUAUGACGACCCCACUCUGCCAGAAGGUUGGACCCGAAAGCUUAAGCAAAGGAAGUCUGGCCGCUCCGCUGGGAAGUAUGAUGUGUAUUUGAUCAAUCCCCAGGGAAAAGCCUUUCGCUCUAAAGUGGAGUUGAUUGCGUACUUCGAAAAGGUAGGCGACACCUCCCUGGACCCUAAUGAUUUUGACUUCACGGUAACUGGGAGAGGGAGCCCCUCCCGGCGAGAGCAGAAACCACCUAAGAAGCCCAAAUCUCCCAAAGCUCCAGGGACUGGCAGAGGCCGGGGACGCCCCAAGGGCAGUGGCAGCGCGAGACCCAAGGCGGCAACGUCAGAGGGUGUGCAGGUGAAAAGGGUCCUGGAGAAAAGUCCCGGGAAGCUGCUUGUCAAGAUGCCUUUUCAACCUUCAGCUGGGGGCAAGGCCGAAGGGGGCGGGGCCACCACGUCAGCCCCGGUCAUGGUUAUCAAACGGCCAGGCAGGAAGCGAAAAGCCGAGGCCGACCCCCAGGCCAUCCCCAAGAAGCGGGGCCGAAAGCCAGGCAGUGUGGUGGCGGCCGCCGCCGCCGAGGCCAAGAAGAAAGCGGUGAAGGAGUCUUCCAUCCGGUCCGUGCAGGAGACCGUGCUCCCCAUCAAGAAGCGCAAGACCCGGGAGGCCGUCAGCAUCGAGGUGAAGGAGGUGGUGAAGCCCCUGCUCGUGUCCUCCCUCGGCGAGAAGAGCGGAAAGGGACUGAAGACCUGCAAGAGCCCCGGGCGGAAAAGCAAGGAGGGCAGCCCCAAGGGGCGCGGCGGCAGCGCCUCGUCACCCCCCAAGAAGGAGCACCACCACCACCACCACCACUCGGAGCCCCCGAAGGCGCCUGCGCCGCUGCUCCCGCCCCCGCCCCCACCCCCGCCUGAGCCCCAGAGCUCCGAGGACCCCGCCAGCCCCCCUGAGCCCCAGGACUUGAGCAGCGGCGUCUGCAAGGAGGAGAAGAUGCCGAGAGGAGGCUCGCUGGAGAGCGACGGCUGCCCCAAGGAGCCAGCUAAGACUCAGCCCGCGGUUGCGACCGCUGCCACGGCUGCAGAAAAGUACAAACACCGAGGGGAGGGAGAGCGCAAAGACAUUGUCUCGUCCUCCAUGCCGAGGCCAAACAGAGAGGAGCCUGUGGACAGCCGGACGCCCGUGACCGAGAGAGUUAGCUGACUUUACACAGAGCGGAUUGCAAAGCAAACCAACAAGAAUAAAGGCAGCUGUUGUCUCUUCUCCUUAUGGGUAGGGCUCUGACAAAGCUUCCCGAUUAACUGAAAUAAAAAAUAUUUUUUUUUCUUUCAGUAAACUUAGAGUUUCGUGGCUUCAGGGUGGGAGUAGUUGGAGCAUUGGGAUGUUUUUCUUACCGACAAGCACAGUCAGGUUGAAGACCUAACCAGGGCCAGAAGUAGCUUUGCACUUUUCUAAACUAGGCUCCUUCAACAAGGCUUGCUGCAGAUACUACUGACCAGACAAGCUGUUGACCAGGCUUCUUAGGGUGUGCCUGCACCUCCCCUCCCACCCAGACCUCCCCCCUGUGUGGUCAUUAGGGACAGAGAGUGCUUAAGAGGACACGCCCGUUUGCGGUGCCGUUGGUGCCCCGGUCUGCCCUCUCCUCUCCCCCUCCCCUGCCCACCCCGACCCCCCAGCUCCCCCAGCCACGUUGGGACAAGGAGGUGUGAGGCAGGAGAGAAAGUUGGACUCUUUAGAGAAAAAGACGGAGAUGGCCAGUGGCUACAGCCUGUGUGAACUCACCCAUGGUGGCACAAAUCUGGCCCCAUGCCAGCCCCAAUCCAAAACCGACUAGGACAUUUCAUGGGACCAGAAAGUAAGCACCUGUUGGCUCCAGUUCUGGCGUGGCUAGGAGGGGGUCCGUCCUUGAGCUGCUGGGUGUAGACUGGCCUGAGCCGGAGAAGAGGACGGCCCAGGGCCGCUCUCCAGUGGGUGGCGCUAGACAGGGGCCGUGGAAGCAGCAGGGCGAGGCGCAGGCAGGCUGGCCCCGGCUCCCCUGGGGGACAGAGAGCAGUGGGGCCGAUGGAAUUCCUAGUCUGUGGCUGAUACUUUGAGGCCUAGUGGACAGGCUGGGGGGCCAGGAGAAAGGAGGGGAAAAUGUUCUUCCAAAACUUUCCAAUUCUACUCCUUUAGGGACAGCUUAGAACUAUUUGCACUAUUGAGUCUUCAUGUUCCCACUUCAAAACAAACAUGCUCUGAGAGCAAACUGGCUUAGAUUGGUGACACUUUGUCCCUCAAGCCACCAGACGUGAUGGUGUUUAGAACCACCUGGAUCUGUAUAUACCUGCGCUUGUUUUAAAGUGGGCUCAGCACAUAGGGUUCCCACGAAGCUCCGAAACUCUAAGUGUUUGCUGCAAUUUUAUAAGGACUUCCUGAUUGGCUUCAUUUCUGUCCUUCCAUUUCUGCCUUCUUUCAUUCACCCUUUCAUUUCUUCCCUCCUCAUUCAUCCCUUCUGCGCCAGGCACCCACAGUUCCCAACUUAACUUGAGCUGAUGCUGGUCGGCUCAGGGCCACACAUCUCACCCUGCCCUUGGCCUUCCCACUGCCAGCCCCAUCCCAUUCCGCACCGCGUUCUGAGCUGUGAAGGAGCCCCGGGCUCUGCACCUUGGUUUCUCUGCAGAGCAACAGGGCAGCACGAUCUUACUCUCUUAGGGAGCUCCCUUCCCUGGUCAGACCCCCUGGGUUCUGGGCCUUCUGAACCUUCUACUUGAGAGAAACGGGCAGGACAGGUGGGGCCGAUUUGGAUUUGGGAGCUGAGGAUAGCACACAGGCCCCCUUGGCCUGCCAGAGUCAUUGAGUAACCCAGGCCCGACCUUGGCCUCUGCCAGGCCCAGCUAGCACAGUGCAGUGCACCAGGCAGCAGGUGGGAAGGAAUGUAGGUGCCCCAGGCCUGGGCCGGGCCAGCACCUAGGUCCCUGGCCCCUCUGCUCUUUCUCUGAAUUAACCAGGAGCUCUCUCCUGGUGCAAAAGCCGUGGCUUUGGCUUGCCGGAGACUGGGCGGGGCCAGUGCGCUCCGCGGCCCCGCCUCUGCCCGGGGGCUGCGCUGCGGGGGCUUGGAGGCUUGGCCUGGCCGUGGGCGUUCUUGAUCAGUCUCCAUUUAGGACCCCAUCCCCUCAUUCUCUGUUCAGGAAGUCCUUAUCUAGCUGCAUAUCUUCAUCAUAUUGGUAUAUCCUUUUCUGUGUUUACAGAGAUGUCUCUUAUAUCUAAAUCUGUCCAACUGAGAAGUACCUUAUCAAAGUAGCAAAUGAGACAGCAGUCUUAUGCUUCCAGAAACACCCACAAGCACGUCCCAUGCGAGCUGCUGCCAUGAACUGUCAAGUGCGUGUUGUCUUGUGUAUUUCAGUUACUGUCCCCUGGCUUCCUUACUGCGGUGUAACCAUGAAGGAGUGAAACAUCCUAAAAACCAUCUAGCACUUCCUUGCCAGUCCUUAGUGAUCAGGAACCAUAGUUGACCGUUCCAAUCAGUAGCUUAAGAAAAAAAUCACGUUUGUCUCUUCGGGAAUGGUUAGAAGCAAGGGAGUUUGCCCCCCAUUCUGUUCCCAGAAUCAUAGUUGGCCUUUGUAGCGUUUUUGUACCCAUUUCCCUAUGCUGCAAAAGCAAGUCCCACAACCAGACCCACUCUGCUGUCGACCCUCCGGGCUUGCCUUCUGACUCUUCCCCAGGAAGAGAAGGGGGGUCGGAGGAGGAGGCGAGUCCUUCAGGACCCCUCUUCCUUCCAGGACAAAAGGCUCCUGACCCUGAAGUAGCCUCGCACGCGCGGCACCCACGAAGGAUGCCUAUCCACGCGAGUCCAGCAUCCGACCAGUUUGCCAUGGGGAUGCCAUCCGUUCUGGUCGGUUGGGUUUUUAUGCAUUACACUUAGUCCAGUGGGAUGUGACUCCCGGAACCAGUGUCAAGGGCCAGCCUCCCCAUCAGCUCGGUACCAUCUGGUCCUGGGGAGAUGAGUGCAGGGCCUGCCACACACCCCUGUUCACCUGGGACCGUCCAGGGGCUGACUGGGCACUGGUGGUUGAGGGCACAGCAUUUCGAGUGUCAUUUUCCUUCAGCCCGGCCCAACCUGCAGCCCCUCACUCACCAGCUGCUUCUCCGUCCGGUUCCAAAGCCGCAGGCCGCAUCUGAGGCUUCGCAGGGUUUUCUCUCCUUCUCCCAUUGCCUCCACAUCCCCUCUUCUGCGCCUAAGAAAGGCACCACGAGUCAGUCACCAUCUGGCAGCCGCCUCCGUGGUUUGUCGCCCUGAGAGGCAGGGGCCCUGCAGCCCCCUUGCCAGCCCUGUCCUGUCCUGGUUGGCAGGAGGCUGGAGGGAAACCCAGGCCAUGGAAUUCUCACCAGCUGUGUCCAGCCCAGUUUGGGGGUGUGACCUCGAUUUUGUGUGUACUUGGCCACCCUGAAGAUUGGGGACAUCUUUUAGGGACUGUGUGAAGAGUAGAGAAACUAACCAACAGCUUUCAGACACCUGUUUGUGGGGCUAGGUCACAGAGUCCCUUUCAGUCACCCCAACCCUCAUUCUAGUUGUUAGUUACUACCUCCUCUCCCAGCAGAAUGCCAUAGGCCCUCGAGCUCCUCCCACAGUGCCCAGCCCAGCUCCACCCUGCCCUGCACAUUGCUGGGCCUGCCCUAGCCCGUGAGAUCGCUGCCCUUGGCACUGAGCUGCAGCCAGACUCCGAGAUCGCGCCCUUCUGCUGCUGCUGUAUUCCCACAUCAGAAGGCACAGGAGACGCCUAGAAAUGCCCUGUUCCCCAAAUCCAUCAGUGCCAAACUACCCAAGGACCCCAGUCCCUCAACUGCCUGGGAGGUGAGAGCCGGGGUGGCCCGGGGGCCCUGGCCACAGCCAGCAUCUGGCUUCUACUCCUGAGACCCCGUGCAGGUGCCGGCAACAGUAUGUUCAAGGGCACCAUUCCAGGCUAGAGGCUACCAACGAUGGCACUAGGACCUGGAGCAGCCCCAACUGUCACCUGCUCCUCUGCCCAGCUUUUCACUGCUGUGACAGGGGUUGUGAAAGAGGGUACUAGCCCGAAACAAACUGCCAUGUUUGGAGGGGAAGGAGUUUCUUUAGCUGACAGGACCUCUGCAUUUAAGUAACUUUUAAUAAAGCAGCUGAAGCGCAGGAAGGAGCACAAGGUAGGAACCGAAUUCACCAGGUGGGGCUGACCGGGUCUUGCAGGGCCCCGGAGAACCUGGCAGCCGAACUCCGUGCCCCCUUUCCAGAGCAUUCCUACCCGGCUCUCUGGGCUGACGGAGCCAGGGAAGGCCCCAGGGGCCAGUUCUCGGAGAAGCCUUCUGUGCACUCGUUUCUAGCCGAAUCGUUUCCUGAUGGGAGCUUCACACACAUUCUAGGACUGACGGCCCAGACCUCAGGAAGCAAGCUGUGUCCAGAGCCCCGCGGGCCUUUGCCCAAGCCAGGUCCCUGAAUCCUGGCUCGUGGUGUUGGGGGGGUGGUGGGCACGCGUGGCGGCGCCGCCCAGCCUGUGGUAGAAGCCCUGCUCCUGUGCCCCCGCAGCCCCACCGGGUCGCGUUACUGAUCUUUCUCUGUAAGGGGCCCCGUUUGCUCUCUUCAUCAGUAAACUCGUCCACUCUGGAGGGGUUUGUUGAGUCUCCAUUUUUGCGUCUCUCUCUUUCAGAUACUCUAUCCGUCUUUAGGAAAGGCAUAGUCUAAUUGUUAUAAGUCGCUAGGAUACUGCCUGCCCCUGGGUCUGAAGUUCCAUAUUAAAAGUGGGGGGAAAAGUGAGCACUGAAACCUGUUCUUGACAAUUCAAGGAAAACCUAGAAAACAUUUGGCAGAAAAUUACAUUUCUAUGUUGCUGAAUGAAUAAGAGCAAACUUUUGCAAAACUGGUGAUCCAAAAAUACUUGGAGCUUGGCCUGACAUGUGGUGGGGGCCGCAGAAGAGGGGAGUCCAGCCUGAAGCUGCUGGGUCUGAGGCUCGGGGCCAUGCUGGCAUUGGAGAGCCCCCUGUUCUGUGGCGCCGCCCACCCAGCCCCAGACCUGUAUAGGAGCCCAGCGCUUGGUGUGGGAAGCAGUGUGUCACCAGUGACUCCAGAGGCCUGCGACACCCUCGCCACCGAGCACCACCUGUACCUUGCUCCUUUCUCAUUUCAACAGGGCCUUCCCCAAGUACUGAUGUUUCGGGGAAAAGGGAGUUCUAACUAGGGCCCAGCAACUAGGAAGGUGAGGGUAAGGUGUCCCGUUCAGCCUCGGCCUGUCCCCUGAGGACAUUCCCCCACUCUGCUCUCCCUGGGGCCCAGGGCCUAGGUGAAGUGAUGCUCCCUUCCGCAGUCAGAGGUGAAGACAGAGGCCUGGGCACCCACUGUGCUGUGUGUCCCCCUUGCCCCUCACCAGCGAGAGCCCCUGGGCCAGAGGGACAGUAGGCACGAGAGGUGCCAGGCAGAACCGAGACCCUCCCAAAGGGAAGUCGAGCCAUGGAGUUUGAGAGCAUUCGGGAAACCUGCAAACUGCAUUUGCUCCCCAGGCCCCUCCCGGCUUCCCUUUUCUCAGGUCCUCGGCAGCAAGAGACAAUGAGCUGGAAAGGCCAAGAGGUUUGGCUCCUGCCCACUGGUAGUCCCUCACCCUGUGUUUGUGUCCAGUGACAGAGCUGUUCUUCCUGGUGACCCUGAUUAUAUCCGGUAUCUUAUAGACUAUAUGCAUAGGCCUGCUUGGUCUCUAUCCUGGGCUUUUGUUUUGCUUUUUAGCUUCGCUUUUAGUUUUUCUGUCCCUUUUAUUUAAUGAACCAACUAGACACACAGAGCAGUUGAAUUUUUAUAUAUAUAUCUGUAUAUUGCACAAUUAUAAACUCAUUUUGCUUGUGGCUACACACACACACACACACACACACACACACAAAGACCUGUUAAAAUUAUACCUGUUGCUUAAUUACAGUAUUUCUGAUAACCAUAGCAUAGGACAAGGGAAAAUAAAAAACAAAAAAAAAAAAAAACAACAAAAAAAAAACCAAAAAAACUACAAAUCUGUCUGCUGGUCACUUCCUGUCCAAGCAGAUCCGUGGUUUUUCCUCGCUUCUUUCAAGGGCUUCCCUGUGCCAAGCUAAGGAGGCUCCAGGCGGCAUCCGGGUUUUGCACUGUUUCUCCCGUGCUUGUGUGAGAGGUCCCAGGAUGCCAGUGACGGCCCGUUCACCUCGGUGGGUGGGUGGAAGAGCGCUUCCUUGCCCUGGCAAAGUCUGGAAUGUAGUCGGCACCACCUUGCCCCCUUUGACACCUGGGUGGGGCAGCUGGGGUCUGCGGGGAGCGGGGGGAUGGCCUGACCCUACCCCCGCCCCUCCCGGUGACGCCGUCAGAGUGAUCAUAUAUGGAGAGUCAGCUCAACAGGCCUCCCCACCAGCAGGGCUUCCGCUUUGCCAAGGCUGGAGGGGAACUGGGAGGCCUGUCACAUCUCUGAAUGUUGAGCUUGCACCAGGGACCCCAGAACCACAUCCGAGAAUCCACUGGGUCCCCUCUAGGAGGUGGCAAAGACUCCAGAAACAUCCCUUUCUCUUCUCCCCCAUCCUACGAGUAACUGCAUUUGCUUUUGUAAUUCUUAACGAGCAAUAUCUGCUAGAGUUUAGCCGUAACAGUUCUUUUUGAUCGUUUUUUAAGUAAUUAAAAAACACCAAAAAAAAACCCCCCAAAAAAACAACAACAAAACAAAACCCAGAAACUUGUUCUUCCAAAGCAGAGAGCAUUAUAAUCACCAGGGCCAAAAGCUUUCCUCCCUGCAUCAGUACUUCUUCUGAGGCCUGAACCAAAAGAGAAACGCUCAGAAGGCCUUUGGGUGGCCAGGCUGGCCGUGGGCCCCUCCGAGGACCUGGGCCCGGGCAGCCUCUGGGCCCAGCGUGGGGCCCGCCGCAGCCUGCGUUCAGUAUUAGCAGUGGGUCACAGCGUUCUUUCCCACCCAGCCUGGGACGAGGCGAGGAGGCCGUUGCCGCUGAUGUUUGCCACUAUCAGGUGGGUGUCCACAUGGGGCCACGCACGUGCUUUCUGACUGACACCUGAAAUCAGCGCCCGAGUUAGCCUCACCCGGUGACCUCUCACCCGCCUGGACCCACCCAUUUGAGUGUUUCUGGGGAGCCGGACGGUGGAGUGCAAAAGGCUUGCAGAACUUGAAGCCUGCUCCUUCCCUUACUACCAAGGCCUCCUUUUCCGUUUGAUUUGUCACUGCUUCAAUCAAUAACGGCCGCUCCAGAGUCAGUAGUUGAUGAAUAUAUGACCAAAUAUCACCAGGACUGUUACUCAAUGUGUGCCGAGCCCUUUCCUCGCGCUGGGCUCCUGUGUACCCGGACACUGUAACGUGUGCUGUGUUUGCUCUCCCCCCGCCCCCCUCCUCCUCCACCCUCCCAUCGUUCUGGGGUUUUUCUGUUUGGGUUUGGUUUGGUUUUUAUUUCUCCUUUUGUGUUCCAAACAUGAGGUUCUCUCUACUGGUCCUCUUAACUGUGGUGUUGAGGCUUAUAUUUGUGUAAUUUUUGGUGGGUGAAAGGAAAUUUGCUAAGUAAAUCUCUUCUGUGUUUGAACUGAAGUCUGUAUUGUAACCAUGUUUAAAGUAAUUGUUCCAGAGACAAAUGCUUCUAGACACCUUUUCUUUACAAACAAAAGGAUUUGGAGGGAGAGGAUGGUGACCAAGAUGAGAGGGGCUGUCCUUUUUCCCAAGGAGGGGGAGUCCGAAGAGAUGACCCCUGCCCGGACCAGCCGGAAGCCACCCAAGGAAGUUAAGCCUAAGCCAACGGACCAAAUAGCUGAUGUGGUUUCCUUCCACCCAGUGGAUUCUGUUGCCUUUUUUUCCCCUGAGACUAUUAGCAUCAUCAUGAUGACUUUUAAAGACAGACAAGGCCGGUGUCCCUUUGAAGGGAGACGGGAGGGGUGUGAGCAGAGCCGGAGGAGGAUAGGCAGGCUGGAGCAGCACAGCGCAGACGAAAGGUGGUCACCUCCUUGGGGACCUCCGCUGUGGCCAGAGAGUCCAGUGUGUGCGCCCAGGGCAGAUGGCCACUCUCCACCCGAUGCGGCUCUUCCUGGACAGGCCAGGUGGUGGCCAUUACCAUUUGGGACACCCCCAUCACAUCCCACCCUGUCCCAAAGUCCACACCACUUAAUGUGACCUCUAGAUUCUUCAGCAUCCAGGGUGAUCUGAUGAUGGGGGAGGGGAUGCACUCUCUUCGCUGUCAUCUGAUCCCCAGCAGAAUUUGGGCAUGAGAAACCCCACUUCCCUUUCCUUGGCAAAACCAGAUCCUUCUGAGAAAAGUGGUUGCCCACACCAUUGUUCUGGGCUCACAGGACAGGGACAGACGUGUGCUCCCUUAGUGCCCACCCCCCCCCAAAGGCGAGGACAAUGCUGACUGUCAUGACUAUUUGCACAUGGGUUUAGUAACGGGAAGAAUCAGGCAGGGUGGCUGCCCCCUCCUGAGUCGCAGUGACACUGGUCGCCCUAGACCGAGGAGCCCCAGCCUGAACCCCGGCUGAGGGUGGGAGAGCCGUGUGCGGGGGGCAGGGAGCAGCCCGGGACAGACUUGGCUAGAGAUGUCUCCAAAGCCCUCCAUCACAUUCACCUUUGCUUUUUGUGUUUUGGGACAAUUACUUUAGAAAAUAAGUAGGUCGUUUUAAAAACAAAAAAUAUUGAUUGCUUUUUUGUAGUGUUCAAAAAAAGGUUCUUUGUGUAUAGCCAAAUGACUGAAAGCACUGAUAUAUUUAAAAACAAAAGGCAAUUUAUUAAGGAAAUUUGUACCAUUUCAGUAAACCUGUCUGAAUGUACCUGUAUACGUUUCAAAAACACCCCCCCCACUGAAUCCCUGUAACCUAUUUAUUAUAUAAAGAGUUUGCCUUAUAAAUUUACAUAAAAAUGUCCGUUUGUGUCUUUUGUUGUAAAAUCAAGUGAUUUUUUCAUAAGGUUCUUUUACUAUUGAAAAGAUGGGCAGCACGCAGUUUUAUUUUAUUUUUGUAAGUUUUUUAAUACGUGUGAAAGCAAAGAAUACUCAGCAUGCCUUUCUAAGUGACGCGUUUGCACCUUUUGUUGGGAAGUACUGUAUCCUGUGCUGUUAGCAUUCUCGAUAAAUCUCUCUGUGAAAGUGA